ACACAGUGACAAGACGUUCGCUCUAUGGUGAAUCGCAUGCAAAGCUGUGGCUGUUUCGCGGGGCGCGAAGCUGCACUGGACCAACGCGUACCGCCUCGGACUGUCACCGUGCGACACGUACCCCAGUGUCCCACCGCCUCGGCUUAUCAGGACCACCUGCCCGCUUCCCAGGAGCGCUGUGGCCACAGGUGCCGGACUCGGCAGCGGCUCCACAGUCCCCUGCUCUGUCCUGGGUUUUCACCUCGUCUUCCUGCCUCUGCGCUCGGUGGAAACAUGCUCGUCACGCUGCUUCUCGCCCUCCUGCUGUCUCCAGCCGCCGCCACAACCAAAGACCGCGACCUCCCCAGGCUGAAUGACACCAGCGCUGCCGAGGCCUUCGUCGACUCUGGAGAAGUGGUCGUCAUCGGAUUCCUGGAGGGAGAGGAGAGUCAGGGCUACAAGGAGCUGGUUGCGGCUGCAAAGCGCGUGCCCUCGGUCCCCGUGGCCAUCUGCUCUGAGAAGGAGGUGUGGGCCGACUACAGCCUCUCCGCAGGCACCAUCACCCUCUUCAGAAAGGCAGACGGCCAUCGGGAGAACCUGGUCGUAGAAGACGUCAGGAAGCUGGACGCUGACGGUCUGGUCAACUUCAUCAGCAUCAACGAGCUGCGUUACAUCACAGAGUACAACCAAGUGACGGCGGUGGGCCUGUUCCACUCGCAGGUGAAGUCUCACCUGCUGCUCUUCGCAAACGGAGGGAGCAAAGACUACGCUGAGCUCAAGAAGCAGCUCGGAGCUCUGGCCCCUGAGUUCACAGGCAAGUUCCUGUUUGUGUUAAUUAAUGGAGCACUGAAGUCCAACUCGCAAUCGCUCGGCUACUUCGGCCUCAAGUCUAAAGACCUCCCACGGGUUGGCAUCUACGACGGGGACGGGGACAAGAAGUGGCUGCUUCCUGACGGGGACAUCUCUGCCCGGCGGGUGCGGGACUUCUGCCAGUCCUUCCUACGGGGCGAACUGGAGGACGUGGAGCAGGCUGGAGCGAAGACCAAAACAGAGCUUUAGUGCUGGCGUCCAGCGUGACGGAAUAAAAGUUUGUAAAAUAAAAUUCUACGAGUAAAACGACUGUAAAAAGGCGUCUGUCUGCUGUCUUUCU